AUGUUAAAACAAAACUUCUUCUCUCAUAACAUCGACGUUACGUGGAAAACAUUUGUCCAAGAAUCUUGCGAUGUCCCAACAGUAUCUACACAAAAGAAAGAUAAUUGCCUAGAUUUUCAGAAAGAUGAAGCAAGAAAGGCAUACGAAGAAAUUAUAAACGAAAAGAGCGAUGUGGCGUUUCAGCCUGAACACAGGUAUUACAAAGCAAAAAGAUUCAAUUAUCAAAGUGUUUCGUCAAAUGAAAGGACCAAAAACAAUCAGACUCCCACGGAAAAAGUGACAAUUAAUACUAUAUUAAAAGCAGUGGAACAAAAAGACUUGAAAUAUUUAUCAAAGUAUGUGACUUGGGAGAAUGUUAAUUUAACUGAUGAUUUUGGUUGGACUCCUCUCAUGUCGGCUGCAUAUUGUGGUCAUUUAGAUGUUAUAGAAUUUUUAUUAAAUCUUGGUGCCAAUAGGAAAGCUAGAGAAAGAUCUGGUCUUACUGCAGCGCAAUUAGCAUUGAAAAAAAAUUAUUUGAAUAUAGUUGCAUUGCUGAAGAAAAAAGAACCUAUAUCUAACAAAACAACAGAAACAGUUACAAAUAUUUCAGAGACAAAUGUCGAUGUUUCAUUACAGAUGAGACAAGAGCUUUUAAGUAAUGAUGAUAGGAAAGAAUGCUCCAAUGAAGAAGCAGGAUUUUAUUGUAAAAUUUGCAAAGUUAAUUUUUAUCAAACAAUUUGGAAAAAACACGAGACAUCCACACUUCACAUUUUUAAUAGUAAACCAAAAUUAACAAAUAUAAUGUAUGGAAUAUCAAAACAAAAUAAAGGUUAUCAAAUGCUUUUAAACUAUGGAUGGGACGAACAAGUUGGUCUUGGUCCUACAGGAAAAGGAAUGAAAUACCCCAUUAAAACCUGCCUAAAAUCUGAUAGAAAAGGAAUAGGAAUGUCUAAUGAGAAAGAAUAUAGAGUGACUCAUUUUAAACCUGGAGAUACCACAGCAGUUAGUGAUCAUAAACAAAAAUGUUUAAAGAAAAAAGAUAGGGAAAAAUUACUUAACAGGGAAAUGAAAUUUAAUGAACAAAAGGCUCUAGAACAUAUACAACAAGUAGAAGAAAAAGCUAAUGAAAUUCUCACUGAUCGACAAGAAAUAAUUGCCUUGGAUAAAAGAAGAAAUAAUGAUAGAGUUGGAAUGAGGGCACUGCAGAAAGAGAAUUGUGAGAAAAUUUGGAUAACUAUUGGGUCAUUAUUGGUGAAGAUGCCAUCCAAAACUGCAGAAGAACUACUUGUUAAAGAUCAAAGAGAAUGUGACAUUGAAAUUAAUAAGCUAAGAAGUAACUUAAAAGUUAAAGUAAAUGAAUUGAGAGAUCUAGAACUUAAUCCACCUGUUUCAGGUUUAAUGUUGCAACCCAUGUCUUACCAAGAAAUGUCAGCAAUAAAACAAAUUUUAGGUCAAAAUUCCUAAAUAUAUUCAAAAUAUAAUAUUUUAAAAAAUAAUAAAAUAAUAACAAUAAAAAUUAUGCAUUAAUGUUAUUUUAGUAAUUAAUUUACUCUUACUAAGUUACUUAUGUUUUGUUUUUGUAUUGUUUCUUUAUGUUAUCAGUGUACCAUAAAUAUAAAAACAUAUAUUCUGAUUCAUUAUCAGGUUUCAUUUUGUCAACAGUAAUAAUUCUUUUUUUUGGAUUAUAUGUAAAUUUGUAUAAACAUUUGUCAUAAUCUUCACGAACAAUUGUUUUCACUUGUUCUAAAAAUCCACUGCAAAAACUUUUGCAUUUCUCUUUCUCCUAUGGUAAACAAAAAAUAGACAUUUUAGAUGUAUUCAUAUGGUUAAAUUAUUAAAAUUAUUUUAAUUACUUUUGCAUGAAAUGUACUCGUUUUCACUUCUUUUAUUUCUGUAACAAAACCUUUGUCAUUUUUACAACCACAUACAAUCUUUUUUAUCCCUGCUAGAUAGCACUGUGCCCACCAUGACAAAUUUCUAAACUUGCUUCGUGGUCCAUAAUUGGAAAUAGAAUGUUGAUGAAUGGUUUUUAAUUCUACUAAUUCACAUUUUUUACCUACUAUUGUAUCUUUUAUAAUCUUUUUAGAACAAAUUCCAUCUAUCUCAGCUGCAUAUAGUAAAGUAUUUUUACCAAAUUUUGAUUUAAAUACACAGCAAAAUUCUUCAUUUUGGUUCAGGCAUUGA